UGUGUUUAUGUGUCACUUGUGUACCUGGUACCCACAGAGGUCAGAAGAGGCUGUCAGGUUGCCUAGAACUGGAGUUAUAUACCGUUGUGAGUCCCUGUGUGGGUGCUGAGAACAGAACUCAGGUUCUCUGAGGAGUAGACAGUGCUCUUAACUAUUGAGCCAUCUCUCUAGCUUGGUACUUUAAAUUUAAACAACGAGAGAAUAUUGUAUAUCUUGUUACUGAAAGCAGCACAAUGGCACUGAGCAUUUAAAAAUAAAUCUAGGAGUUUAAGAAGGCAUCACUGAGAACUUGACACUGAGAAGAGAUCUGAGAAGAGCCAGAAAAGAGCAAUGCAAUAUCUUGGAAUGAAAGAACAUUCUAGGCAGAGGGGUGGCAAGAGCAAAGUCCUUGAGGAACAAGGGGGAAAAGGGGUGAAGGUACACAUGCCAGAUCACAGGCUAUAAAUGGGGCCAGAGAGGAUACAAAUUGUAGGCCAUAAGGAAGACUGAUUUUUAUUGUGAUUGAAAUUUAUACUGACAAUUGAAAGAUAAGCAUAUAAGAAAGCCUGGGUGCUCCCGGGGCAAGCUCCAGCUCUGCGCUUCGGACUCUGGAUUCAGUUCAUUCAUUUAGCUACCUAUCAUUUAUUCUCCAAGGGAUUUGGGGAGGGGACCUGUGCUAGAAAACACCCUCACAUCAGCCUUGGAAGAAGAAGGCCUUUAGGGUUUGGGGAAGCCCUGCCUACCCACAGGUGGGGUUAGUGCUGUCAGCGUGGCUUGGUAAGCGGUCGGCUUGGGGAAGGAACAGAUUAACUAACUGCAGACACAGAGGGAGGAAGCCAGAGAGUGUGGAAGUUCAGGUAGGAAGAAGGGGCAGCCCUUGGCAGUUGUUUCCCCAGUGAUUCUAAACCCUAGCCCGGCCUGAGGAGAGGACACAGACAGGCCAGGACAGCUGGCCCGGACCUGAGAUGUCUGCCUGUUGACGACUUACUCAUGCUUCACUUUUAGAACAGUUUCCAGAAAGUGGUGGGAGGGAAUGGGCAGGACAGCUAAAUAUAGCGCUCGGGCCACUGAACUAUCCGGGAGGGUCUGCCUUCUGUUCACUGUGUGUCUGUCACCUGUCGCGUCCACCCACUGCCAUCUGGCCCCGAGGCCCUGCCCUUGCAUCGAGCCUGCUGCUUGCUUCUUGGUUGUCUGUGGCCACAGCUCUGACCACCCCGCUCUAAGGCCUGUUCCUGACUGAUCCUCCUAAGUUCUUCCAUCAGACCUGCGUGAGUCCUGUGGGCUUGGAGGUACAGGGGAGGACAGGGCUGGAUGUGCUAGAGAGGUCAGUGGGACGACAGCUGGGGAGGGGAUUCUAGAUAAUUCCAGAGGAAUGGCGGCCUAGGCCUCGGCCAGAGGCUGAAGCCUGGGCUAAAUCGGGAGCAAGAAGAAGGGACUGGAAGCUGGUGUUUAGAAACCGGGGGUUGACAAAUGCCCAGUUGGGUCACAUUUGUUUUUAUCUGGGCUGAGAACGGCAAUAUACACUCCCUUUGGGACGACAGCAAAUCCUCUUUACCUGUUGGCCGUAAACCAGAGUCUACCAGUAUGGGAUGUGAGGUAGUUAGAGGAUGCGGCCACAGACGCAGGGUGGGACUGAGCUGGACUCCUCUUCCCAGGCUCACCAUGUCAGCUGCACCCGGCCUUCUGCGCCAGGAGCUGUCCUGCCCGCUGUGCUUGCAGCUGUUCGACGCGCCAGUGACCGCUGAGUGUGGCCACAGUUUCUGCCGGGCCUGCCUGGUCCGCGUGGCAGGGGAGCCUGCCGCCGAUGGCACGGUUCCCUGUCCCAGCUGUCAAGCACCCACGCGGCCUCAGGCGCUAAGCACUAACCUGCAGCUGGCGCGUCUGGUGGAGGGGCUGGCGCAAGUGCCGCAAGGCCACUGCGAGGAGCACCUGGAUCCCCUGAGCAUCUACUGCGAGCAGGACCGCACGCUCGUGUGUGGCGUGUGUGCCUCUCUCGGUUCGCACCGUGGCCACCGUCUUCUGCCUGCCGCCGAGGCCCACGCACGCCUCAAGACACAGCUUCCGCAACAGAAGAUACAGCUGCAGGAGGCAUGCAUGCGCAAGGAGAAGAGUGUAGCGGUGCUGGAGCAUCAGCUGGUGGAAGUGAAGGAGACAGUGCGUUAUUUCCGGGAAGCUGUUGGGGAACAGCUGGGGAAGAUGCGGGUGUUCCUGGAUGCUCUGGAAAGUUCUUUGGACCAUGAAGCAGAAAGGGUUCAGGGUGAGGCUGGGGUUGCUUUGCAGCGGGAGCUGUCAAGCCUGAACUCUUACCUGGAGCAGCUGCGGAAGAUGGAGACGGUGCUGGAGGAGGUGGCUGACAAGCCACAGACAGAGUUCCUUAUGAAAUACUGCCUGGUGACCAGCAGGCUGCAGAAGAUCCUGUCAGAGUCACCACCAUCUGCCAGGCUGGAUAUCCAGCUGCCUGUCAUCUCGGAUGAUUUCAAAUUCCAGGUGUGGAGGAAGAUGUUCCGGGCUCUGAUGCCAGCGUUGGAGGAACUGACUUUCGACACCAGCUCUGCGCACCCGAGCCUGCUGGUGUCCCCUUGCGGUCGCCGGGUGGAGUGCUCGGAGCAGAAGGCGCCGCCAGCGGGGGAAGACGCCCGCCAGUUCGACAAGGCUGUAGCGGUGGUGGCGCAGCAGCUGCUGUCGCAGGGCGAGCACUACUGGGAGGUGGAGGUGGCCGACAAGCCGCGCUGGGCCCUGGGCGUGAUGGCUGCGGACGCGCCCCGGCGCGGACGGCUGCACGCGGUGCCGUCGCAGGGCCUGUGGCUGCUCGGCUUGCGCGACGGCAAGAUCCUGGAGGCGCACGUGGAGGCCAAGGAGCCGCGGGCGCUGCGCACCCACGAGAAGCCGCCGGCCCGCAUCGGCCUCUACCUAAGCUUCGCCGACGGCGUCCUGGCUUUCUACGACGCGAGCGACGCCGACGCGCUGGCGCCGCUCUUCUCCUUCCGCGAGCGCCUGCCUGGGCCGGUGUACCCCUUCUUCGACGUGUGCUGGCACGACAAGGGCAAGAACGCUCAGCCGCUGCUGCUGGUGGGGCCCGACGGCGAGCGGGCCUGAGCUCCCCCCACCCCCGCGGGGAGGAGGCCUGGUCCCGAAGGCGGUGGGAUUGCUCGGGUCACCUUCCUUAGGCCCGCGUGGGUCGGGCACAGGCGGGUUUCUAGGGCUGAAGAGCAGGCUGAGGGGUGGGCAGGGAGGGGGUGUUUGUCUCACAGAGUUCAGGGAAGUCCACAGGUUGGGCUGCAGGGGACGGGAGAGUGAGGGAUAGGGCGAUAAGGUCUGGGAAGAAGGGGCCGAGGUUUAGGGAGGCUAAGGAUUUAGCGGAAGAUCUUGGGAAGUCUGUGGACAAUAGUCCCUCCAAUCCCCUCCCGGGCUCCCUCCUCAAACCUGACAGGUUUUCCGCUUAGUGCUUACGUCUAACAGCCUUUUCAGAGCCCCCAACCAAUCCCGAGAGAGUGCUGGUGCCUGACUGUCAUCCCAGCACUCAGGAGGCUGAGGCAGGAGGAUGGCAAGUUGAAGGCCGGCAGGACGCGCUCACAAACAGAUGUGCCGCGACUCUGUGAGACGUCGCUGUGCUGCUGAUGCAGCGGGUCUGGGGAAGGCCAAAGAGGGUCUCUUGAAGCUGGAGAGAUGGCUCGGUGGUUAAGAACGCUUGCUGCUCCUGCAGAGCGUCGAGGCUCAGUUCCCAGCACCCGCCCUGUGGCUCACGACACUCCAGUCACAAGGAAUCUGACGGCCUCUUCUGGCCUCUGUGGGCACCUGUGGUGCACAGACGUAAGCGCAGGCAGCACACUCAUACGUGUUAGAAAAGAAAAUAAAAAAGCUUCCCUCUCUAUCAUUCCUGCCUCUGUCUUUCGAGACAAGAUCUUGCUGUGUAGCUCAAGAUGACCUAGAAGUCACCUAGCCGGCUUCCAAUUCUUUGUAUUUUUAUUAUUAGUUACAUUUUAUUAACUCUGUAUCCUAGCUGUAUCCUGCUCCCUCAUUCCCUCCCAAGGCUUCCAAUUCUUGACUUUCUCCCUCAGUCUCACGCGUGUUGGAGUCAUAGGUGUAAGCCAGCACGCUCAGCAAAGAUGGUUGCUCCUAAUCAGUUUCCGAGUGACCCUGAAGCUGCUGCGGCCUGAGAGCAGACCCUGACCGCGGACUGUGAGCACGGAGAGACGCCUUAAGUCUAAAUACGUUUCCUGGUUCAACUGACUAAAUCUGUCUGACACAGAGGGGUCCAGGAAGGAAGACGAACUCUCAGUCCUUCCUACCCCCUUACCUCUAGACUAUGCUAUGGUUUAGACAUGGAGGAAAUCCUCUGUUUCUCACCAAGAGGAAGAGCUUGACACUGUCUUCCUGUGGGCCCUGGUACUGGUAGCAAAUAGAAGGUUUGCUCUGGGUCUUCCAGCUGGCUCCUUCCUGCCUUCCUGUUGGUUCAUACUUUCUUAGAUUUUUCUUUUCUUUUAAGACAGGGCUUCUCUGUGUAGCCCUGGCUGUCCUGGAAGCUGCUCUGUAGCCCAGGCUGGCCUUGAACUCAGAUCUGCCUGUCUUUGCCUUCCGAGUUCUGGGAUUAAAGGUGUACGUUACAACA